CCUACCGUGAAUUGUAACACACUGUUUUAUUUUGUACUUUCUAUUCUCCGGCCAGCAAGCUGCUGAUAAAAUUUCAAGUGCAUCAUUAGCGUCAUUUAAAAUUUGUCGCAACGCACGCACACGUCCCACUAGUCUUCAUUCGCGUCUAUGAAAGUGACAAGCGACGGUGGCGCCGCGGCGAGGCACAGCUGGGCUUCUCUCGAAGCUUGGGAAGAAUGGCGGCGCAUCAGGCUGACGCCAGUGCUCGGAUCCUGACAGCGGAGACUUGGCGUCGUUGACGGCUUCUCUUGUGGCCGCGGUGUUCCAGUAUGCGCAGCGUGUGCGGCCGGCAAGGGCGGCAUCGUGGCAGCGUCGGGGUGCCGUCUGUGCUCACGUGUUCGUGACAGUAACCCUAAUGCUAUGUAAAUAACUGUGCCCCGGGCUGGGACCCCUGGGCGAUGCCACCAUCGGUGUAGUGGCGCCGAUGGCCUCGAAGCGCAAUGGCCCCGAGCUGUGGACGGCCGCGUACGACUACGAGGCUUCGGGCGACGACGAGCUGUCGCUGCGCCGGGGCCAGACGGUGGAGGUUUUGUCCAAGGAUGCGCGCAUCUCGGGAGACGACGGGUGGUGGACGGGCAAGAUCGGCGACCGGGUGGGCAUCUUCCCCUGCAACUUCGUGCAGGCCCUCGAGCCGCGUCCGCGCGAGAUUGCGUUCAGCGAGCUCGAGCUCGAGGAGGUGAUCGGCGUGGGCGGCUUCGGCAAGGUGUACCGCGGCCUGUGGCGGGGCCAGGAGGUGGCCGUCAAGGCGGCCCGCCAGGACCCCGACGAGGACGUGGGCGCCGCGGCGCAGAGCGUUCGCCAGGAGGCGCAGCUCUUCUGGCGCCUGGCGCACCCGAACGUGGUCUCCCUGCUGGGCGUGUGCCUCGAGCCGCCCAACCUGUGCCUCGUCAUGGAGUACGCCCGCGGCGGACCGCUAAACCGCGUGCUGGCGGGCCGCCGGGUGCCGCCCGAGGUGCUGGUCGACUGGGCCGUGCAGAUCGCGCGCGGCAUGCACUACCUGCACGUCGAGGCGUCGCUCAUUCAUCGCGACCUCAAGUCCAGCAACGUGCUGCUCAGCGAGCCGUACACCGAGCGCAGCCGGAAGACUCUCAAGAUCACCGACUUCGGUCUCGCCCGCCAGGUGACCGGCACCACGCGCAUGUCCACCGCCGGCACCUACGCCUGGAUGGCGCCCGAGGUGAUCAAGGCGUCCACCUUCUCGCGCGCCAGCGACGUCUGGAGCUACGGCGUGCUGCUGUGGGAGCUGCUGACGGGCGAGACGCCCUACAAAGGCAUCGACGCCCUGGCCGUCGCCUACGGCGUGGCCGUCAACAAGCUCACGCUGCCCAUCCCGUCCACCUGUCCGGCUCCCUUCUCGCAGCUGAUGCAAGCCUGUUGGAACUCUGACCCCCAUGAGCGUCCGUCGUUCUCGGCCAUCCUGACCGAGUUGGACAAGAUAACACGGUCGCCUUUCAUGAGCACACCACACGAAUCAUUCCACACCCUCCAGGAGGACUGGCGCCAUGAGAUUGCGCAUCUCUUCGAUGAGGUGCGGUGUCGGGAGAAAGAGCUGCGGUGCAGAGAAGAAGAGCUGCACCGUGCCUUUGUGCAGCAGAAGCUGCAGGAGGCCCUGCUGCUCCAGCGGGAACAGGAGCUGGCCGAGCGAGAGAUCAGCCUGCUGGAACGCGAGCUGAACGUCAUGAUCCUGGCCCAGCAGGAGCACGCACCCCCGACACCCCGCAAACGGGGUGGCCACUUUCGCAAGUCGCGCCUGAAGCUGCUCAAAGCGGGUGCCCACAUCAGCAUGCCUUCCGAUUUCCGGCACAACAUCACCGUGCAGCACACACCAACACACGAUUUCCGGUCUCUGAGGACGCCUGCCAGCCCCGAGAGCCCACCUGCUUCACCGAGCUUGCCGCGGUUGAGAGCUUACGCAUUGCCUCCGGAUGGGGGUCUCAAGGGCAAGACGUGGGGGCCCAGUUCUGUGCACCAGAGGGAGCGGCAGAGCCCUCGCGCCCGGAAGCAUCUGCUUGUCGACGCCAACAAGCGGUGGUCGCGCUCAGCGCCAAACCUGCCCCGUGGAGACGAAGACGACCAGGCGUCGAUGAUGACGCCCCUGCUGGCUGGCACGUCGGCCACCAACGUGUCUUCGACGUCUGCUCCGCGGCGACCCCCGUGCUUGCGGCGUGGCACCGAGUUGCUUCUCUUCAAUGCAGCUGCACUACUCGCGGCACCUGGCGCCGGUUUCGACGUGCGCAUGGCGCCGCGCACGCAUCCGCGACUGGGCACCGCGGGAGGAGCCCCCGAGGACGUCCCGCUGUACCCCGUCUGCGCCGCCGCCAACGAGCAGGCAGCAGCGAGCGCUUCAUCGCUCAGCCUGCACAGACAACAGCUCAGCUUGGAUGCGACGCGAUGCCCACUGUCGCCUUUCGGGCGGCGGAAGUCUUCGACGGCGUCGAACGACAGCUCGAGCGACCAGGCGUACGCGAGCUCGGCGAGCAGCUCGGGCGCGCCCCUGUCACCGCCCGAGGGCGGUCGCCUGGAGGUGUGGUCGCCGCGACAGAGGCCCCGCCCGCUGCCCACGCCGAGCAGCGAAUCACGCGUGCGCUUCACCAUAGGUGUCGGGACUGAGCCGGCAACGUGCAGUCGCGCUGCUGGCACUAGCGACCCGGCCGAGCCGCUUUCCCUGUGAACUGUGCAUGAAAAUAGGACAGCGCAGAAUGCCCGGUGGAGACUAAUGGGGCCCAACUGAUGCUGGACUUCAGCUGCCGCUUAUUCUUUCCAUAACAAAGGUCCAAUGUGAAUUUGGCAGCGCUGCGGCGUUUUCUUUGUUUCUGCUCAAGCUCGGGCUCAUUCAGACUAACUGUCCUUCGUGUCUUUGUCUGCGUAACUUUUGUAUAUACAUGAUUGAUGGGAAUGUGAAGGAUUGAUUGCGCUUAGCAUGUAAGAGCCCUUAUUUAUGAGCAGUGUGUGACAGCAGUGCUGCUUAAUCCAGAGCAAGUUCCAUUGAUGUUCAUUUCGAUGGGUUCUGCGCUGGCCUAUUUUUGUCCCGACUCGCCCAGCAAGCAACUUCCCUGUGAGCUAGUCUGCGGCUGCAAAACAUUCCAGGACACUGCCAGGCACGACGAACAAACAAACAAAAAACCCUCACACAUUCCACAACCUUUGUUUUGUAACAGAAAGUCCCUUUCUUUGUCGUGCUGCGCCCUGAAGCACUUCCCCGUGAAGAGGGGGAAAAAUAUUGUGUGACCACCAUUUAUCAUCUUGUGUGUGCAGCAAGCCAACGAUGUGACAGACUCGUAAUACCAGUGUCGGCAAAGUUGAAGUUCAAGCUACAAGUUCGUGAACCUCUGCUUUCGUCAGUUUAUUCCAGUGAACAGUCAGUCACGUGUGUCGAAAAAUGCAGUUUUUGUCUUCUGUGGCUGCUUGUGAAAGAAAAAAAAAUAAUCGUACUGCACACAA